GUGAACGCGCACAGGCUAACAGCUGGCCGUCGCUCUGAAACCCCUCCGCUUGGCCAGAGCCCCUCAGUCCUGCUCAGAGAGGAAAGCAGCACAGAUCCAGACUGACCUCUCCACACAGCCUGACCCGGCGCAGACAGCAUGUCUCAGCAUACUCUGAUGUCAACACAGGAGAGGAAAAUGCAGGCGGCUGCUAUUUGUAGAGAGAUCCAUGCCACUGAUGAAGUAGAGAUGGAUCUAGGGAAGAAAGUUAGCGCACCGAAGGAGAUCAUGUUGGAGGAGCUUUCCUUAGCAUCAAACAGGGGCUCCCGUCUGUUCAAGAUGCGUCAGAAGCGCUCAGAGAAAUACACCUUUGAAAGUAUUCAGAAUGAAGCCAACACACAGCACAAUAUUGAUGCCAUUUCUCCAGGUCCAAGCGCUGAAAUGACAAACAUUUUAAGUAAUGAACACUGUCUUGGAGUUGACCAGGCACCAAAUGCACUCAACCCUGAGACUAUUGCCCCAGGUUACGGUGGUCCCUUGAAGGAUGUUCCAGCAGAGAAGUUCAACUGUACAGCAAUGCCCAGAUCCUACCAGUCGCCCUGGGAACAGGCCCUCAUUAGUGACCCCUCUCUGGCCGAAACGCUGGUCGCCCGCAUGCCUGAACCCCAAACCAGACAAGAGAUUCCUCAAUACAAGAGCUUCAACAGGGUGGCUAUUCCAUUCGGUGGUUUUGGGAAGGCACCCACAGCCCCUGUUAAAUCUUUUGAUGUGAACCCCAGCCUCCCCAUUCCAAGACCCAUGCCUGCAGCACCCGCUCCGGUCAAACGGCCCACCUUCAACAGAACGGCCUCGGGCUGGGUGGCUGACAGCGCCCCUCUGAUUCUUCCCAGCAUCCCCCUUGAGCCCAUUUCAUCCAUGUCUUCCACAUUUAUCCCCGAGUCAGAUGAACUCUGAGUGUUAUCCUUGUUUUUGUGAGCUUCACUGUCACUGGGAAAUACACUACUGGUCAAAUGUUUGGAAUAAUUCAGCUUUCUUUCUAAGUUUUCGAAAGAAGUCUCUGGCUGCAUUUAUUUGAUGAAAAAAAUAGUAAUAUUUUGAAAUAUCAUUACAAUUUAAAAGAACUGUUUUCUACUUGAAUAUAUUUUAAAAUGUAAUUUAUUCCUGUGAUGCAAAGCUGAAUUUUCACCAUCAUUACUCCGUCUUCAGUGUCACAUGAUCCUUCAGAAAUCAUUCUAAUAUGCUGCAAAAGAAAGGUUUCUUAUUAUUUUCUUAUGUUAAAAACAGCUGUGCUUGUGGAAACCAUGACACACUACUACCAUUAAAAAAAUUGAGCUAAGUGAAAUUGAAAGAAAGAAAGAAAUAUGUAGAAGCACAUUUUCAACAUUGAUAAUAAUUAUCAAUUGCUAUAAUUAAUAAUUGAGCAGCAAAUCAGCAUAUUAGAAUGAUUUCUGAAGGAACAUGUGACACUGAAGACUGGAGUAAUGAUGGUGAAAAUUCAGCUUUGCAUCACAGGAAUAAAUUAUAUUCCAAAAUAUAUUAAAAUACAAAACAGUUCUUUUGAAUUCUACAAAUAUUUCACAAAUUUACUGUUUUUACUGUAUUUUUGAUCAAAUAAAAGCAGCCUUUCUGAGCAUAAAAAACUUACAUUAAAAACAUCUUUAAAAAAUCUGGAAUAUAUAUUGACAAAUACAAAAGGGGUACAAAAGCUGUCACUAGGGUGGUAUCCUUUCAAAAGGUGCACCUGUGUACCUUAUUUACCCCUAAAGAUGCAUAUUAGUACCUCAAAGGUACAUAUUAGCACUUUUUUAAAAAGGUACUGCCUCAGAGACAGUGUACGUAUACUGAAAACAUAAGACGCUCAAGUAAGGCUAUUAUAUGGUAUAGUGACUGAUUUCUGUUCUUUGGACUAUUGGAAGUGUCUCCUAAUAUUGAUCUAUAACAUUUCACUAAACUGAUGUAACCCAAAGACUAGAAGUGCUUGUCAUUAUGCCCAUAUAAACCUGUAAAUAUGUAUUUAUAAAGGGCAGUAACAUCAACAUGUAUUUAAAAUUUAAAUUAAUUAUACAAGCUUCAGUUGUAGCUUUUUGGAACUGACGCAAUAUAUUUUCAAAAUGCACUAGUAGUAAAUUAAAAUACAGCAGUGCAUGCCUACUGUAUGCUUGUGUCAGUUUUUUUCACUAUCAAGGUUAGAGUCUCCAGGGCCGACAAAUUGAAUCUGUUUUCCUGACGCAGCUGAGAUGAGUGAUGAGUCCCUUGCCUUUCGUAAAGCUGCUGUCUCUUGCGUUCGAUCAGACAGUCGCUGAUAGGCACAGCUCACAUCCGUCACUGCUCAUCUUCAGCCUCAGCUGUACUGUCUGUACUCAACAUAAAACAGAUGCAAUGGCAUGAAAGUGAAAAUGAGUUGAUAAAGAAGCAGUUUUGCCAUUUUUUCACCAUCUACAGUGCUCUCUGGGAUACUUGACUCUGAUUGAUUGACCAUAAUUUCUGCAGUCAAAUAUUUUUUAAUAACUGACCCACUGUUUGGUCUCCAUCAUCUCACAUAAUAAAAUAAUUGAAAUUCAAAUCAA